GCCAGCAGCUUCAGACUACCAAGCACCAGACUCCAAAGGAACUCAACAAGCUCCCUUCCAUUCAAGCCCCCCUCGCUCCCAUCAAGAUGCACUUCUCUGGCCUUACAGCUACCGCCCUCGGGCUCCUCCCUCUCCUCGCCGCGGCGAGCCCCCUCGUCGCGCAGCCCGAUUCUUUGGUUCUCCGCGAUGUGGCCACCCGGGAGGUCGAGUCCUUCAAGAACGCCACCCUUCUCGGCGUCGACAUCUUCGCCCCCAUGCCCUCCGACUUCACCUCCCUCCCCGACGGCCUGAAGAAGGCCGAGCCCGGCUCAAAGGCCUUCGCCUGGAUGCGGGCGCAGCUCGACAUCGAUGAGACCACCCUCUCCACCCCGCAGAAGCUUGCACGCCGGCAGGUCGCCAACAUCCGCAUCACGGGAUUCACGGGCCAGGGCUGCAGCGGCACCGCCUACUGGAGCGACCCGACCAACUACAACCAGAACAUCCAGUCCCCCGGGGUGACGCUCUUCAGCUUCGGCAUUGCAAGCCGCAACAUGGUCGGCGGGGAGCAGCUCGACUUCAGCCGCUACAGUGGCUCCAAUCCGUGCGGACAGUUCGUCACGCUCAAGCGCGGGGCUACAGUCGGGUGCAACGGCAACAUCGACGGCUUCAGCUGCUGGAGGCUGUGGCGCAACUAGGCGGGCGUGGAUCUGAUCCCACACUGGGGUCAAACAGAGAUGACAUUUAAUUACGAGCCGUGUGCUGCAAUGCACAGGGCGGGCGAGCCGGUCGUUCUUUAGAUGUGGUCGUGGUUUUUUGCCUUCUUGUCGAUCCUUUGCCACUUUGGCGCCUUCAUUUUGGAGAGCAUUAUUUUUUUCUUUUUUGUUAGAGACUGCUGCGAGAGGACCAUGCAUGGACUUUACCGCCUGAUGUCGAUACCGGUGGCCACCGUUUUUCAUGGCGCGGUCGAUAAAGUUCACAGAAACCCUUCGUUGGUAAACGUCAAUAAAAUAUUAAUAUGCUCUCACCUGAUA